CCGUGCUUCACCGUCCCCGCCAUCAAGCCCAAUUAUUUAUCGUUCAGCAACGUGAAUAUCUCCUGAAGGGCUGAAAUAAUGGGACUUUGGGUCCUAGAAGAUAAGCAUCUCGAACACGUGCCUGGAACGUCGUUUAUCAAUGAUACCAACCCUCUUCACGUCCAUGGUGGCGAAGCAGGACAUCCGCAAGACAUCAUUGUCGAUACAGGCCGAUUGAAGCACGCGACAGGUCGUAAUUCUCACAUUAUCCUCGUUCCUCAGCCCUCCGACGAUCCGAACGAUCCGCUCAACUGGCCUUGGUGGAAGAAAGAGCUGCUUUUCUGGCCGAUGAUCUUCGCCGCCGGUUUGGUUGGUGCGAUUGGUCCUCUGCUUACUCCGGGAUUUGUGGAGCUAUCCAUUGUGUUUGGUGUCACGGUUGACAAGGUCGCUUCGUCCCUUAACGGUGCUUGCGUCGUUGCCAUUGGUUGUGGGAUGCUACCCAUGGCAUCGCUUGCCCAGAAAUACGGUCGACGCCCGAUGUUCCUGCUCGCUGCUUUGCUCCUCUUUGUGACAUGUAUAUGGGCCGGUGCCACUCCGACUAACAAUUUCUCCUCCCUCACUGCAGCACGCGCCAUUCAAGGUCUUGCCAUGACGCCCCUUGAAGCGCUCGUAACUGCUACCAUCGGGGAUAUCUACUUCGUGCACGAACGUGGGUUCCGUGUUGCUGUAUGGGGCUUUGCCAUCCUCGGUGGCAUCAACCUUGCCCCCAUUGUCAACGGCCCCAUCAUUCAAAAUCAGGGUUGGCAAUGGUGCUUUUGGGUCAUUGGAAUAUUGUUCGGUGUUUCUCUGAUCCUUACUUUCUUCACCUUCCCCGAAACCGCGUACAAGCGCGAGGAGAAGUACGAAAUUGAUGGCGGAUCCCACGAUAACGUCGCUGCAUUGGCUAUUGAAGAAAACGCCGAGGCAGAAAAAGCAGAGAUGGAACACAAGGAAGGGGUCGCGGUCGAAUCUCGUUCAAUCCCACCGCGCCGCACCUUCCUGCAAGACCUUCGUAUAUUUUCCGGCGUGCAUGAUCCAACUCCGUUGUGGAAACUGAUCGCUCGCCCACUUCCUUGCUUUGUCUCGCCUGUAGUUAUCUGGGCAACACUCGCAUAUGGCUUCCUCACUGUCUGGCUCGUCGUGCUUUCGGUCACGGUCUCUCUCAUCUUUGGCAGCCCCCCGUAUAACUUCAAUUCUACACAAACCGGUCUCGUUUCCAUCAGUCCCUUGAUCGGUUCCCUUUUGGCCGCCUUAAUUGCUGGUCCCGUGGUCGAUUGGUGCGCAACCGGUCUUGCUAAGCGCAAUAACGGCGUUUACGAGCCCGAAUUUCGGCUUUUGCUCUGCUUCCCUAUGCUGAUCCUUGAAGUCCUUGGGUACGCAGUGUGGGGUGCUGUUCAAGCAAAGGGUGGUCCAUGGAUUGGACCCGUUCUCCUGUACAGCAUCAUCGAUUUUGGUCAAGGUCUUGGCUCAACGGCUGUCAUCGCCUAUGUUAUCGAUGCUCAUCGUGGUACUGUUCCCGAAGCUUUCGCCGUCCUCAGCUUCAUCAAGAACAUGGUUGCCUUCGGAUUUACUUACUUUGUCAAUUCAUGGAUCGAGACGCAAGGGAUGCUAAACACAUUUGGUACCCUGGCCGGCCUUACCGCCGUUUGUGUUUUGCCGACCAUACCCAUGUACCUCUAUGGAAAGAGGGUUCGCUCUUGGAUCCAUCGUCAUCAGCACUUCUUCCUCUCAGAUCAACUCCGUUGAGGCUUUGCUGGGGUGUUGGGUCCAAGGCUGUGUCGUGUGGUGCUAUCACAGCCUGUUACACGUCUUUGCUUCCUGUCAUUCAUAUAGCAACGACUGAGAUGCCUGAUAUGAACUGCGUCUUUUCUUUCUUAGGAUUCUUUCUGGAAGUGGUGCGGGCGUGAGCACGUUCUUCCCAGGUGCCUAUGCCACGAGGAAGCCAAUAAACGCCCACAUACGUGUGACUGGAACUCUUCUCAAGCCCCUACAGAUCUCCUGGCAUGGAAGACCAAGACCAUCUUCACCGGAAUACUGCGUAUUCACUAUGUACGUCAACACCACACCAAUCCUGGAUAACAGCAUUCUCUUUGGGGUCUGAAUGCCUCAGUCCCUUGCUGGCAUCAUCGCUGGAAACUAUCAUCCGCCUUCGUAUGCUAAGUACUGGCAUAUGACCGAAAGGGACGAGAGGUUCCCAGUAUGAGUGGGACCAGAUAGGCUUGAAAUGCGAAGUUCCCCACUUCUUGAACCCAUGGAUGAUCCGAAUACG